UCAUUCAACGCGUAAACUUGAGGCACUUACCAUGGCAGAUGACUUUGACGUGGAAGCAAUGCUGGAAGCUCCAUAUAGAAAGGAGGUGAGUUGAAGAAUAACUACAAUUGUGUUUAUGAAGAGUGGAACACGAGUACUGUUACAUACUGUGUCUGAUGGGCUAUGUUAGCUUUGUUCACAACCUUUUACAUCUAAUUUUCACUUAACAACAAAUGGUAAAAGUUUAUAAGUAAAAACUGGGCUUUGAUUUUAAAGAACACGGUGAUGACAUUUUGAGGUAGCUGAAAGAUUUUAACCACUCGAAAAGGAGUCGGUAAUGUUAUCUCCCAAAUGAGAGUCUUUGGGUGAGAAACCUUCAGGAAAGGAUUUUAUCAUAGUUCAAGUGAGGAUGUCACUUCUUGAUUGCUAAAAUCCUCUCUGGUCCUUGAUUGGAGUGGUCAAUAUAUCUUUAAGUGUCUUUUCUUCUUAUCCAGGUAUCUGACCCCAGUAUCUUAUUUUCUGUUUUGUAGACUUGAAAUUACAGCACAACCAGCCUUAUUGAGGUAGUCAACCACCUCGACAGAAAUGACCUUUAUUUUUUAUGAUCCGAUAAUACUGAAUUUAACUUCUUAUGGGGGGAAAAACAAAGAUCCUAUUUAAAGUAUUUAUUUUAAUAAUUAUUGUUUUUGAAAUUUUUGUUCAUGGUAGUUCUGUUAUUCUGAUGAUGUGCGAUGUGUUGAUGAUUUUUCUCAACCUGAGUUAUUUCACUUUGAGAAUCAACUCGCUUUCCAAACUUCACACAUGCAAAAUUCUGAAGAAAUAUUUUUCAAUCAAAACUUUGCUAUGUAACUUGCUACAGACUGUCAGACCAUCAUCAAGAUACUUUUGCUUCUUCAGCGCAAAGUUGUUUCAAAAUCAAAUUAUACUUCUGUGCAUUUCUCUAAUUAGACUGAGUGCCUUCUCUAGCUUUUGCGAUGACCUGUAGAGGUGGGUAUGAUGGUGCUCAGUUUUGUCCAGCAUUAUCAGUCACUGCGGCCAUGCCAUUAUUGAUUCACUUUUGGUGGUACAAGUAUCUAAAAGUGAAUUUAAAGACAUGUUGAGUAAAUAAUAUUAUGCUGUCCCUAUUUUGACUUCAGCACCCCACUAAAUGUAAAAUUAAAUACUUCAGGUACCAGUAGACCCCAACAUUGGCCAAUUUUUACGAUUUAACUUAUUUACAAAUUUGAAAGAGGGGAUAACCAGGAAUUUUUGUUUCCAAAUACCAUAGUUGUACAAAAGUGCCAUCAAAAGUAGGACUGUAAAAGCUUACAUUUCAAAUGUCAUGAAAUGAGUGCAACAUGCUUGUUUUACACUCAUCUUUUCAAGAUUUUCCAGAUUCCCAUGCAUUUUUUACAAAUUUUAAUAGAUUAGGAAAACAAAAAUUUCUGAAGAUUGACUCCUGUGUAAACUGAUUCUCUUUCGCUCAAUGGGUAGGCAAAGGAUGGAAAGAAGUUUGCUCUUGAUGACUCCACCUGCCCAAGCAAAUGGUAGUAAGAGUGAAUCAAAAAGGCAAAGCAGUGAUGGGGAAGAAAGGAGAAAACGAAGUCAACGAAAUCGCAGUCGCAGUAGAAGCCCAGACAGGAGUCGUCGACGUCGUAGUCGUAGCCGUAGCAAUAGCCGUGAAAGAAAUAGAAGACGACGGAGCCGCUCAGGAGGUCAUGAGAGAAGGCGUAGAGGUCGUAGUGCUAGUGGCAGUAGAAGCCGUUCAAGAAGCCCCCCAGACUCCAGAAGACGUAAAAGCAAUGACCACAGAUCUAGACGUGAGAGACAAAAAAGUGCAAGUCGCAGUCCAAGUCCAUCAAAUCGUCUCAAGAAGGAAGAGUUGGAAGGAAGUGAUGGCAAUAGAAGUCCAUUUGAGCAACGUUUGGAAAGAAGAGAGCUAAAACCGGCAGAGGAUAUAACACCAGAAGAAAGGGAUGCAAGGACAGCUUUCUGCAUGCAGCUUGCAAGGAACAUUAGACCCAGAGACUUAGAAGAGUUUUUUUCAAAAGUUGGCCAGGUUGCUGAUGUGCGAAUUAUAUCUGAUCGCAACUCGAGACGUUCCAAAGGGAUUGCUUAUGUUGAGUUUACAGAUCGAUCAGCUGUGCCUUUGGCCAUUAACCUGUCUGGUCAGAAACUGUUGGGUGCUCCAAUCAUGGUGAUGCCUACGCAAGCAGAAAAGAACCGUGCAGCAGCAGAAGCAGAAAAACUUAAGGCUCCACCUGGCCCCACAAGACUAUAUGUUGGAUCCCUGCAUUUUAACAUUAACGAACAAAUGAUCAAAGCAAUCUUUGAACCCUUUGGAACAGUUGAAAGUGUACAGAUGAUUUAUGAUUCAGAAACGGGAAGGUCAAAAGGCUACGGUUUUCUCCAGUUCAAAGAUGCUGAUGCUGCCAGGCAAGCUAUGGAUCAGAUGAACGGAUUUGAACUUGCAGGCCGGCCCAUGAAGGUUGGCCCUGUAACUGAGCGAGGAGACUCCUCAUCUUAUUCAUUCCUGGAUGAUGAAGAGUAUGAAAAAGGUGGUGUGGAAUUAAACUCAACAGCUCGAGCUGCCCUUAUGGCCAAAUUAUCUCAAGGCCAUUCAGCAGGUCUGUCUGUGCCUGGUGUUCCAGCACCAGCAGUUGGUGUACAACAAGCUAUGGCUACACCAGUCUCAAUCCCUCUUCCUACACAAUGCAUCAUGCUCCUUAACAUGUUUGAUCCAACCAAGGAGAAAGACCCAGACUGGGAUGCAGACAUUCGUGAUGAUGUAUUGGAAGAAUGCACCAAAUACGGUUAUGUAUAUCACAUUCAUGUGGACAAGGCGUCAAAUCAGGGAGCUGUAUAUGUGAAAUGUAGCAAUGCGGAAGUUGCUGCCAGUGCAUCAAAAGCCCUUCAUGGGAGAUGGUUUGCAGGUAAACAGAUCAUCGCAAGGGCUAUUCCCCUUGUCAACUACCAUGCCAUGUUCCCUCAAGCAGUGUCUAUGACAAAACCGUUACAGCCAUCCACUUUUUAAGUGACCAAUAUUGUUUCGUCAAAUUGUUUGUAGUUUGUGGAACUAGACGUGCAGAUUCGAAUUUUUAUUUACUGUGCUGUUGAUGUUGUUUGUAAAUAUUUGUGGAGUAGAAGAACCAGUGGUCCCUGUACUCGAAUCACGUCCUUAUGAACAUUUGGUAAUUAGACACUCCGUUCAUAUGAAAUUCUGCAAUUGACAGAGUACGUGACGCGGGUUUCUCAGAGUUCCCGCACGUGCUCGGACCAUUUUCGGACGGGACCAUAUUGUAAGAAUUGUAAACGGGUAUUUUCAAGUGUAUUAAUUGAAUUGUACACUAGAAUGUAAAAUUAAAAGGAUUUUUCGAAUGAUCGUUA